UCCGAAAUUCCGUGAUCCGGAAGUACUUUUAGUAUUGCUGAGACGCUGAUUCAUUUAUGCAUGAAGUGAGGUUUGUGUUUACAACAUAUUUCUCACUUUUUAGCUAACCAAAUUCCAACCAAGAUGUCCCGGGGCUCAAGUGCAGGUUUUGAUCGUCACAUCACUAUCUUCUCUCCAGAGGGUAGACUCUACCAAGUUGAAUAUGCUUUCAAGGCCAUAAACCAAGGUGGUCUCACGUCAGUAGCAGUCAGAGGUAAAGACUGCGCAGUAGUCGUCACACAGAAGAAAGUACCGGACAAGCUGUUGGAUGCCUCCACAGUCACUCACCUGUUCAGGAUAACAGAGAACAUUGGCUGUGUGAUGUCAGGGAUGACAGCGGACAGCAAGUCCCAGGUUCAGAGAGCGCGCUACGAGGCAGCCAACUGGAAGUACAAGUAUGGUUAUGAGAUCCCAGUGGACAUGCUGUGUAAGAGGAUUGCUGACAUCUCUCAGGUGUAUACACAGAAUGCUGAGAUGAGGCCGCUGGGAUGCUGCAUGAUAGUGAUAGGUGUGGAUGAGGAGUGUGGUCCCCAAGUGUACAAGUGUGACCCUGCAGGCUACUACUGUGGCUUCAAGGCCACUGCUGCAGGGGUCAAACAGACAGAGGCCACCAGCUUCCUGGAGAAGAAAGUCAAAAAGAAACUCGACUGGAACUUUAAAGAAACUGUUGAGACCGCCAUCACCUGUCUGUCAACAGUCCUGUCAAUUGAUUUCAAGCCCUCUGAGCUGGAGAUAGGAGUCAUCACAACAGAGGAUCCUAAGUUCAGGAUUCUGACCGAGUCUGAGGUGGACAUCCACCUGGUGUCCCUAGCGGAGAGAGACUAAGCCCAGAAAGACUACAGAGUCCCAGAGAGAGAUGUGUAACUGAAUGAUGGGAUUUGUAGUCCCCCAGUUGAAGAAUGGUGUUAUCCUUGUUUGCUGUAUAUUUUACCCCCUGUUCCAUUAAAAAUGUUUCUAGUAAA